UUUAUUUUCGUUCUACUCGACAAUUCCAAAAAUCAGUGCCAUUGGCUUUAGCUUUGCCCUUGAACUUGAAAUCUCGUGCCUUAUUCUUUCCUGGGGACUGGUGUUGGAUAUUGAACGGGCGGAGUUACCGCCGGGAUGAUGGAUGAAGGAGAUGAUGGCCUAAACUUGGCUGCGCGCAUUCUCAUUUUCGCGUGGCCUGCCACUAGUGUUUCGCAGAUUCACAAAGGGUGUCACAGGCAUAGCUGGAGGAAGAAAGGCUGGAUUCAUGCAGUUCACACUCCUGUGGAUUCGCUAGUGUUUGGUGGAAACUUUCUGCACAGUUUCAACAUAAGCGGUCAGCUUGCCGUGGCGGACAUUGAAGAAACUACUAAGGUUCCGCAGAAGCUCCGCUUUCCCUUCUUCACGCAGCUCAUGUGGUACGCACUGGACAAGUACGCGCACUCUCUGCGUUACUACCUGGAACAGUUUCACGGGUACAAGCCUGAUGACAGUACCACCAUCACACCCACUGGCACCAUCGUCAUGGACACCAUCGUCAUGGACGCCAUAGAUACUGUGGACAACACCAUCGACAUUGCAAUGGACACCACCAUUGACACUGCCAUGGACACAAGUACUAGCGGCAAGGAGAAAGAAGAGAGCGAUACUUCCCACACUGCUACAACUACUGCUGAUGCUACCGAGCCGAGUGAUGCGAAGUGUGAGACCGAGAGCGUUGCAACACCAGAGCCACCUGUUGCCGACGCCACCCCGGCAAAGUCCACACGCGUUGAGAAAGCGCACGUUUCCGACAGCCCGUCCUCCGCUAGUCCCAGAAUGCGGCGUCGCAAGGCUGCAAUCGCCGCGGCCGCCGCCAUUUCUAUCUUGUAUCUUGCAGGUAUAUCAUCUCGUGAUGACCACAUUUAAAGGGGAAGUUAAGGCAAAAAUUAAA